UGGCCGAGUGUCAGUUACGCAGUCACCCGAUUCGGACGGUUUCGUAGUGGAGUUGGUUCGUGGAAUUCGGCAAGCAAAGGCAGGAAAACGCGAUUUCCGGGGGAUCCUGUUGCUCUGACGACUUCCCGCAUUAGCGUCUGUUGACCCGCGAGCCUCGGAUGUUGUUUACAUUCCCGGUUUCAGGCAAAUUUCCCGUUUUAGUGGCGGUUUAACCGCGAGUCGUUUCGUGGGAGUGUUUAUGGUGGGUGCGCGAUGGAUUCGAUAAAAUUCUGGAUUCAGCAAAUACAGACGAACGCCCAGCGAGUGCCCGAGGCCAUUCGAAAUGCUGAAGUUCAGAAAGUGAAGAAUUUGGUCCGCAGCCUUGGCCUAGUCACGGCGUGUGGUCUUCUGAUGUACGAAAAAUAUAAAAUUAAUCAGUUUCUUGGAAGCGUGAUUGACACUCGGGUUUUGGAAGUGGAUAAAAAACGACCCGACUAUAUUUACAUUAAGUACCACAUUUAUCGUGAAUCGAUUAAAAGGCAGCGGGAAAAGGAGCAAGGCACGUAUUGGAUUAACAUCAUCAUCCACCCCAUUGGAAAGUGGUGGAAGACCUUCAAACAUUCAGUAGCCUGGCGUCUUCUCAACAUCGCCCAAACAGGCGAUAAACACGAUCGUUUGAAAGCUGUUCGACAAUUGGCACAGAUUCGUCAUUUGAAAGACUGGGACUUCCAACAUUUGGCACAGAUUUGUGACGCCAGGACAGCCGUAUCAUUGGCCCGGUCAAAAUGUGAUCGACGAUGGUUUUUGCCACAAUAUAUGCAUGGAGUUAUUCGGGAUUCGAAAUUACUUUUGAAUGACUUACAAAAGUUACUGGAAAAACUAAAACCGAAUAGCUGUGUGGAAGCGUUUUUGAAAAAGUAUUUUAACGCUAAAGUUGGGACCUUGGACGUCUCAAAUAUUAAGGAACACUAUCACAAGGGCCAUCAAUUUGCGAAACAAGACUUGGAUUUAUUGAAGGAAUGUGUUUUGAUUUUGAAUCAUAUCACAACCAACCUGCAAGUUUGUGAAAAGAUCCUUCAAGAUGGUGAUUUACUGGUAAUAAAAGAAUUAGCAAAACAUUUCGAGAGAGACAAUGAAACUUUAGCAGCUUUGUGUAAAGUAAUUGCAAACAUAUCACUUGUGGAAAAAUCUGCAGAACAUUUCUAUGCUACUGGAUGGCUGGGGAUUCUCUCGAAUUGGACGCAUCAUCCAGACUUGCGGCUCCAAGUGAUAGCAGCUAAAGCUCUUGAGAAUAUGGAUGAGGAUGACCCGUACGCCUUCAAGUAUCCGCCCAACGUAUACGCGCUUUAUCCACGUUGUAGGCAACAACGUAAACCUAAGUUAGAUGUAGUAUUCAUACAUGGAUUGUUAGGUGGUGUUUUUAUCACUUGGCGCCAGAAAGACAGGAAACCAAGCGAAUUGGGAUUAUAUGGUAAGAAUGCAUUUUAUACGAGCGAAACAGACGAUGUGUUUUUGGUUGGUGAGGCGAAACGUAUGAGCAACGGUAAUAAUAACACAAAUGGCAAAGUACAAAAAGAAAGUCUCAUCGUACCUGAAGUUCCUAUUAUAAAGAAACGACGGAAAAAUCAGAGUAAAUCAAGCGGCAUUAGUGAUAUUGCAACAAAGGAACUUGUUGAAACCUUGGAAACUGCCGGCGAAUUGAGCGAUGAUUGGGAAGUGGUUUUCCCGGACUGUCCUUUGAAGUCAAACGUGGAAUGGCGCGGAGAGUUCAGUGUGACUGGCUCCAAUUGGAUAAAUGAUGACGGCUCAGAGGAAUACACAAAUUGCUGGCCAAUGGAAUGGCUCCCAGAGGACUUUUCCAAUAUAAGAAUCCUUGGUAUCGACUAUAUGUCUGCUGUGUCCGAAUGGUCUUCGAAUUACGCAAAAUAUUGUCCAUGUGAGAAAGGUCAUGGGUAUUUAGAUCUUCGAGCAGGUGUAUUACUUGAUCGUGUGGUAGCCUCAAGGGUUGGAGAAAACCGUCCAGUUGUAUGGAUUGGUCAUUCAAUGGGCGGAAUAUUGUGUAAACAUAUGCUGCUUAAGGCUCUGGAUAACCCAAAUUCGAUUGUUCGACGAUUAGCGAAAAACACAAAAGGCAUCAUAUUUUUAGGGACUCCACAUCGAGGCAGUUCGAUAGCUAGAUGGAAGCAGCAUAUGCAGGUCAUACUGUCGCCAUCGAUAGAGGUGAAAGAACUCGAAGAGAAUUCACCCAAACUCCUCGACUUACACUCCCGCUUCAUGACCGCAAUCAGAACUUUCUUCAGUGACCUGAAAGUUGUCAGUAUUGCCGAGGGUGUGCCAACGAUGUUAACAACAUUUAAAUUUCCUUUGCGCAUAGUCACAGAGGAAUCGGCACAUAUCGACUACGGAGAUUUCUAUGUAUUAAAAGACGAUCACUUAAGCUUAAGCAAACCAAUAUUUCGGCAAUCGUUCCUUUACCAGCGAAUCCUGAAAGUGAUCGAGGAUUCCAUCAACGCCCAUAUUGAACCGGACGACGCAAAUAUAGAGGAGUUGAGACUAAAACAAACGAAACGAGUGAAUUUCUUCGAAUCGAUUCUCACAAGAUUAUCGAGAUUUUUAAUGCCAGUAGAGACGUGAUUUAUGUUUAUAGAUGUUUACAGAAGUUUGCUAUGUUUACAGUAUUUGAGAUUGAUUUCUGGUACUGAGUUAAGAUAGGAUUGUAACCUGAAGACUUUUAGUUUUGUGAUGCUGUUAAUAUUAUUAUUAUUAUCGCGGAGGUGAAGGUGUUAGAUGUUCCGAUACCCAUCCGUUAUUUUUAUUACAAAAUGUAAUAUUGACAAGAUUUAUCAAAAUGUGUUCACACAAACUUGUACAGACAUAAAAUGCGAAUCCAUAGGACAAGAUAUGCACAAAUCAUCAGUUACCGAAAGUCAUCUAAAGACACCAACAUCUCAUUCCUUGAUUUCAUGACAAAGAUGCUUUGUUAAUUUUGGAACAAUAAGAAUUUAUUUAUUAAAAUGUUGACUCGAAAAUAAAUAUUCUAAUAUUUUCUUUAUUUA